CACCGUGCUCCUCGUAUUCGCCUCAUACUCGCUAGCGAUCAUGUACAACAACGACAUUGAGUCUGACUUUUUCCUACGCGCAUGGCAGAUAAUCAACGAAAUCAGUGAUCAGCUCUCACACAAUCAAAAGUUCGCUCACUCGCUCGUCGCUCAGGCUCAUGACCUCAAGGCACAUGCAAAGGCAGAGCGUGACGGAUCUCCGUCGUAUAAUCUCAAUAGAUUCAAUGUCGAUAUCUCCAAAGAAACUCUGCACUCUGAGCUUGAGCGGACAAACGCUCAAAUAAUCAUAGAAAACCAUACUCUUCACCAGGAGAACAGGCAACUCAGUCAGCUGUUGAAAGAGUACGAGCAGACUAUGGAGACUAUCAUGUCCAAAUUCCAUAGCCACACCCUGGCAGCCCAACAGCAUGAGCUUAAACUCAUCCGACAUUACGAUACCCUACUUUCCCAAGAUUCUCAAUUACCUGUCUCCCCUGCCUCCAAUCCCGCCCUUGCCCACGCUCUGUACCGCCUAGGCCAUGGCCUUCGCUCCAUCAUCCUUUCCUUGUCUGGCCAAGAUCCCGCCAACCACCUCCCUCCUACACUCAUGCACCACUCAAAUUCAAUCCCGCCCACCCAACAUCCCAUACCUCAUCACGCCGGACAAUCAUACAACCAACACCUCCAUCAACACGAACAGCCUUACGGGCAUCCGGCCGUCGGUUUCAAGUGGCCUAGUUCAGACGGCGAGGAAUAUGAAGGUGUUGGUGAAAUGAUCGAUGAUGAAGAUGAUAUGUCACCGUCAUCUUCGCCGUCCAACGGUUAUCCUGUCGUGGAGCCAUACCCGCCUCCUUCAAACCCGAAUCCGAACUCAUACCCUCCAAACACCUACCCUCCAGAUCCCUACCGUCCCACCUCUAUUCGAUCAGAAAAUCAACCAUCAGAUUCCCCACAACCACCUUCCUCCAUUCCUUUCACCCCCGACGGUCAAAAACACGAACCAGUAGCCGAAGAAGACGACGCUGAAACCGUUCUCGACUGGGCCGAAGCUCGCGAGCUCGAAAUAGCCCGCCUCGAGGCCGAGAACGCUCGUCUCCGCGCCGAACUGCACAUCAAUCCCGCAGCGCUCAAGAAAGCAGGCAUUCCCGAUGACCCAGAGGCAUAUCUCGUAGCGACGAGCUCGUUCGGGUCUCUGGGAGGGCAUAACUUCCACGGACAUAGCAGUCGGAGUAGUUCCUUCAGCGGAGGCGGACACCAGAACGGGGUGUUCGUCACGGCUUCGUUCCCUACGCAGAACCAACAACAACACCCGCAGCACCAGCAACAUCAACAGCAGCAGCACCAACAGCAGUACUCGCAAUUCAAUCCUCAUCAUCAGCAACAACAACAGCAGCCGUUCCCGCAACAUCAUCCCCAACCAAUGCAUCAAUAUGGUGGCGGAGGCGGAGGCGGAGGCGGCGGAGGGACGCCACCACCGCAGAUGGGAAUGUCGUUGCAGCGUGCGAUGGAGCUCGGGGGUGCAGGGGGUAUGGCGAGCGGGAGAGGCCAGAGGAUCAUGUUUGGGAAGGAUCGGAAUACAGGGCAGGGGUCUUCCUUGCCGUUUUAUACCGGUGGGCAGUGA